GGAUGAUGGCGAAGGUGGAGAAGGAGCAGAAAUAUGACAGACAGCUCAGGUUAUGGGGUGACCACGGACAGGAAGCUCUGGAAUCGGCUCACGUUUGUCUCAUAAAUGCCACGGCAACCGGGACCGAAAUCCUGAAAAACUUGGUGCUGCCGGGAAUCGGCUCCUUCACCAUCGUGGACGGGAAUGAGGUGAGAGGCGAAGAUGUCGGGAACAAUUUCUUCCUCACCAGGAGUAACAUCGGGAAGAGUCGGGCUGAGACCGCCAUGGAGCUGCUGCAGGAGCUGAAUGAAGAUGUGACGGGGAACUUUGUGUCUCAGCAUCCAGACCAUCUCCUGGACGGGGAUCCGUCCUUCUUCAACAAGUUCACUUUAGUGAUCGCCACUCAGUUGCCGGAGAGCACUUUGCUGUGUUUGGCGGAGACGCUGUGGAACGCCAAUAUCCCGCUUGUGAUCUGCCGAGCGUACGGCUUUGUGGGAUAUAUGAGAAUAAUUGUUAAAGAGCAUACCGUGAUAGAAUCCCAUCCGGACAACGCCCUGGAGGACCUGAGGUUGGACCAGCCGUUCUCAGAGCUCCGAGAACAUCUGCAGCUGUAUGACCUGGAUCACAUGGACAGGAAGGAUCAUUCUCACACACGCCGUGGAUUGUCAUCGUCGCCAAGCAUUUGGAGAAAUGGCGCAGAGAGAACGCGGGACAGAUCCCGAAAACAUAUAAAGAUAAGGAAGCCUUCCGGGAUUUCAUCCGACAAGGGGUCCUAAAGAAUGAGAAUGGAGUUCCUGAAGACGAGGAGGAGAACUUUGAGGAGGCGGUGAAGAAUGUCAACACGGCAUUGAACCUCACCAAGUGUCCCGGACACAUCGAAGAAAUCUUCAAUGACGAUCGCUGCACCAACAUUACACCACAGACCCCCAACUUUUGGAUUUUGGCUCGAGCCAUUAAGGAGUUUGCAGCCGCCGAUGGCAACGGGAACUUGCCGCUGCGAGGAACCAUCCCAGACAUGAUCGCCGACUCCGACAAGUUCAUAAAGCUGCAGAAUGUGUAUCGGGAAAAAGCCAAAAAAGAUGCGGCGGCGGUGGAGCACGGCGUCUCCAAACUCCUCCAGUCGGUGGCCAGGCCUCCGGAAAGCAUAUCGGACAGAGACAUUCGCCUCUUCUGUAGGAAUUGCGCGUUCCUUCGGGUUGUGCGGGGGGAGGUCUCUGUCGGAGGAGUACGGUCUGGACACGGCUAACAAAGAUGACAUUGUAUCGUUUAUGGAGAAUCCAGACAAUGAAAUCGUCUUGUAUUUGAUGCUGAGAGCGGUGGACCGGUUCCACAAGCAGCACGGACGGUACCCGGGUGUCUAUAACUACCAAGUAGAGGGAGAUUUCGGGAAGCUGAAGACGUGUCUGACGGGUCUCCUCCAGGAAUACGGCGUAUCUCUGUGUGUGAAGGACGAAUAUAUCCAGGAAUUGU